AUGGGGAGAAUUAAGAAGGUAGCCAGCCAAAAGCAUGAGGCUACAAUCUCACCAUUUCUACAAGAAUUCAUAGGACGCGCCACGAGUGUACCUGUUCCAGAGCUCCCAUCGCUCCUCGGCACAUUUCCCAAGCUAUGGCCGUUUCCGCGCGGUGAUCUUUACCACUGGAUCAAUGUCUUGGAUCGGUUCGACGAGAUUCUGGCCUCGGCCAUCGACAAAUAUUUCUUGAAUACCGGCCCUCAGACUCAAUUGUUCACUCGAAGGGUCCUGGAGGAAGCAUACUCGACCGAUGAGAAUACGAAGCCCGCAGAAGGUAUCGACGCCAAGUUGAACGCUCUAGGAUAUGGGGCCGAGGGAGAUCGAGAACUCCUGGAAGCCGUGCUAGACUUCUCGCGUCUCUUGCUAGAGAAGUGUGGUAACCGCAGCCUGUACAGCAGCAGUGAUCGGCUUGGCGAUCUUCUGAACACAACCUCACUGUCUCUGCUGCAGUCCACCUUGCGUCUAGCUCUUUGCCUGGCCCAACGUUACCAUUCUCGUCAGCGCGGCGCUCAUCAACAGUCCAUUUUGCAAUCUCACUACGCUCUUGACUUGGAGAAGUUGCAAAAAAUCGCAGCGCCAUUCCCACGCCCUGUUAUUGCCAACAAAUCGCCAUUUGCCUCUUCCCCAGCAGUUUCUGCACAGGGCAAGGAUAAGACCAUACAGACCAAGAUCAACGCAAAUGAACUUAUCUCGCUCGUGCGUGAUUCUGAUGGCUGGGAGGAAUGGGGCGAUGUCCGCAUUCUCUAUUAUCCCUCAGGCUCCGAACAAGCCAGAACAACCUCUGAAUAUGGCCAGCCUGAGCAGGGCUCACAUGUUCCCACGACGCCGACUCCACUGCGACGAACCGCUACCCACCCUGCUUCUAAUCUAGGCCGUGGCUCGAAUGUUGAUGAGUCCCCCAUCGCAACCCCAUCAAAGAACGAAGAGGCAUCGCGAGGUGGCACAAUCCUGGAAAUCUCCCACUCCAAGGUUUCUUCUGCAACUUUGGAGUCUCUCCUUGCUGUCAAUUUGCCCCACCUCCCCCUUGAGUCGAAGUAUGAGUUGCUUCACAAGCUCCGAGUUGCCAAGGCUCUAGCUGGCUCGCAUGCCACGAGGGAACAGAUCCUUUCCAUCAGGGCUCUGGCAGUGACUAACCUCGCUCAUGUCCAGCCGGAGAGCUCAUUCCAGCAGAAAGUUCUUCAGUCUGACCUCGAACAGCCGAAACGUCUUCAACUUGCGUACCAGCUUGCCGAACUAGUCCACCUCGGUGCUAGUGGCGACCUUCAAGUUUCUCGGCCCGUACAGACUUUCGCUCUUCAGACGCUGGAUGCUUUGGCUAAACACAAGUCUCGAGCCGUCGAUGUCUGUGCAGCUUUGAGUGUCAAUGUCAACCACGGAGUUCUCAUGUUCCUGACCCGUAAAAUGGUCAACGAACUAGGCUCGGAGAACGACGAGGCAGACGAGGCUUAUCAAGACGAAUGGCGGGAUAGUUUGCUUGCGCUCUUGCGUACUCUACCAAGCUCCAGUACCCGUACCCCGGAGACUCUAGUUGCGGCUGGUCUAAUCCCCAUGUUUGUUGAUAUUCUAAACUUGCGGACCACCAAAUCUCGCCGGGUUUACUCUCGCGUCAUGGAGUUCCUCGAUACGUUUGUGCAUGCCGUUAGGGACGCAUUGGGAACGUUGACUGCUGCAAAGGGCUUCGAUGCUAUGUCCGAUCUGAUUGAGAACGAGACUAAGACCGCCUUCGAGAAGGUCAACAGCGGAGAAGGAUUCCCUACCCAAUACAAAAAUCCAUCCGUCGACUAUCAAAUUCCUUACUUCCAACAGCAGACUCUACGUUGGAUGUUCCGCUUCGUUAACCACAUCAUGCAGCACAACGGCGGAGGCUUUGACCGAGUUCUACGCAACCUGAUCGAUUCACCUCAGCUUCUUACUUCCCUCCGCCUCGUAUUCGAGAAUGCUCGCGUGUUCGGAUCGCAUGUCUGGAGCAACGCGGUCAAUAUUCUCAGCAGUUUCAUCCACAACGAGCCGACAAGCUAUGCUGUCAUUGCCGAGGCUGGCCUUAGCAAAAGUCUUCUCGCUGCCGUUAUGGGCCGUGAACUCCAAGUCCGAGAAAAGCCGCCAGCAGUAGAGCCCGAAGAGACUGGCUCGCAGGAGGAUUCAGCUUCUCAGCCACCCUCUGCUUCCGAAUCUGAAGGGAAGAAGAAAGGCCACGAAUACCCUCUCAUAAGAGCUAAGAACACACCCCUUGCGCCCGGAAUCAUGGCUGCAGGUGAUGCUCUUGGUUGCAUUCCUUCGGCGUUCGGGGCAAUUUGUCUGAACUCAUCCGGUCUGGACCUUUUCCAGUCCUCUGAUGCCCUGGAGUGCUUCUUCGAGAUCUUCGAAAACCCAGAGCACGUUAAAUCCCUGAAGGAUGAUCCAGAACUGGUUCGCUCUUUGGGUACGACCUUCGACGAACUUGUGCGACACCACCCAGCAUUGAAGACCUCCAUCAUGUCAGCUGUGCUUGUGAUGGCUGCCCGUGUGAACGCCCUUGGUCGGAUCAAAGCAUGGGAGCAGGGCAUGGGAACCAAGAUGUGGACUCAAGAUGGCAAUGGAAAGACCAAUCUCUCUGGGGAUGUCUUCUCUCUGUUCCGCGAAAUCGGUACAGAUCCUGCCGCAUCCACAGAUGAUCCCUCGUCAAUUGGAUUGCCAAAGCUCAAUGCGAACAACACUCUCCCCAACGGCGGAAAGCUUACUCUUGGUCAUCUGGAUCAUGUUCUACCUGCUCCAGGCCCUGAUUUCGAGCCCAAAGACAAGGAUGACCAUGGGCUGUCGGCCACAGACUACCUGUUCCCUGCCCUACGUUUCCUGGGAGCCUUUUUUGAGAACCAGACAAAUUGCACUUCUUUCAUUCAAGCUGGCGGCGCCGAAUUCAUCCUGGAUCUCGCGACUUUGCAAAGUUUGUCUUUCGAUUUCCACAGCACCAACGCUAACCAGGAAAUCACCGUUCUUGUUCACAUGAUGGCUGAAACAAAGCCUCAUCUCAUUGUUCCCUCUCUUGUCAAGCGCGCCCAGGAUGCGCUGAACAACCUCUCGCCAUUCUUCAGUGCACCCACAAAGACAGGCUUCUUCACCGAGUUGAUCAGACCAACAGACUCGAAGAUGCCAGCUACCGAGUCUACACCAGCCGCCAAAUCUGGCACCUUCUUUUUGAGACAUCUCAAUGCGGUUCUACUUCUUACAGAUGUUCUUCGUGAAGUCUUCGCAUUGCCGUUGUAUCAAACUCGACCUGGUCAGUCAACGUCUAUUUUCGGCCAAGUCAACCUCGCCGACCAAUACUGUGCUUUGAUUGAGUCAUUGUCCAACCUCCUCGCUUCAUGUGUCUGGGAAGGUAUCUUGCUCGAGAAGAACAUCCCCGAGCAGUGGCUCAAGGCUACACAGGCCUCUGCCGACAAGCAAGACUCUGGAAAGCCAAAGACUAGUCCAGCCACCGAAGUUCCUCGUGAGCCGUCCUCAACUCCAGCUGCUCAAACUCAAGGAGAAAGCUCUGCAGCACCUGAUGACGCUCAAGCCAAAGCAGGCCAAGAACCAAAGGAAGCUGAUGCUCCCGUGGACGAGCAAAACCCUGCCUUUAAGAAUGCUCGGACUCUAAGAUAUCUUUUGAGCGCUCUUCCAACCGCGAUCACUGGAUUCUUGCACAAUCUUGGUCUUGGUAUCAUUGGCAAGAGACGCAUUGAUCCUCUUGCGAAGCAGAAGCAAAAUGCUACUCUAGUUGCGGAUGCCAUUGCUGAAGGUGUCAUCCGGCAGUUGCAGUUCACGCCUGCUAACUCCAGCGAUAGCCCCAAGCACCGCUUUGCUUACCUGAUUGUUGUUCUUUCUCACUUCUCGCACCUCCUUUAUGAGGUCACACCGGACCGCCCUAGCGCAAUCUACUUGACCACGGUUCUACUGGCAUUCAAAAAGAUCAGCGGGCUUAAGGUGCUGAAGGAGACCUGUGACGUCUUCUUGAACGACAUCCAGUCUCUUCCAUCUGCAGAGUCUAUUCCCGAUCAAGAUAAGGAGCUUGCCGAUCGACUUGCCUCAGGCUAUGGCGGAAUCAAGAUCAUUCUUGGUCUUUUUGCAGACCUCACAGCUGGGAAACUCAUCGUGGAUUCUAGCCAGACACAAGCAAUGACCUCGCACCUUGAGCGUGACCGCGAACGCUCUGAUUAUUUCAUGCCUGGUCAAUUCCUAGUGGAACUCCGCAUGGAAAUCUUACCCAUGGCCCAAGACUUGUGGAACUCAGACUUUGCCAUUCAAUCUUCUAGCACCAUCGUCAGAUUGUUGGUCGACAUUUUGCGGUGUACUUUGGACGGCGAAUAUGAGACUGGUGCUGUUUCAAGAGCAGAUCCCCCUUCUCUCGUGCGAGACGCCCCCAAGAAACCAUUUACUGUCCACAAGGAGCGAGCCGCUGCCCUACUCGAUAAGGGUCUCAAUGACGUUGAUCUGAACAAGGAGGCCCUUUAUCGCUGCAAUAAUGUCUUGAAUGCGGCCGAGGAAUACUGUAGGGCACAGGAGUGGCUGCGAGCCCCACCCAGAGCUUCUCCGCCGCCAAAUGACCUUCAGACUGGGGUUCCGGAGCCCACUUCAGGUCUAGAUUCCCUUGAGGAUACUGGUAUCGAAGGCAGAGGUUUCGCCGGACCCGGAGCCAAUAUGUUGGAUCGCAACACCCUGGCCAUGCUUCUGUCUUCAGCCACUGGGAACCCAAUUGGUCAGGUGAUGCAACCGGACCAGGCUGGAGGAGAUGGGGACGCUGAGAUGCCCGACGGGUUGUCCAGAGCUUUGGAUAGUGUUCUCAAUGACAACGAGGAUAUGGAGAGCGAUGACCGAAGCGAAUCCCCCAAUCAAGUCCAGCCGGGCAAUUCGAACACCGAGUCGAGUUCAUCUGAUCCUGCUCGACAACCCCAAGGUGAACCCGCCAGACGCCGUGUGGUGGCAACUGUGGAAGACCUCGAUGAUAAGAGGACUAGCAUCCGCGAGAACCUGAUUGAGCGAGCUCUGGACAUUUUGAAUGAACACCAUGAUGUCUCUUUCGAGCUUUCCGACUUGAUUACAUCGGCCAUCAAGAGGCAUUAUGAACCAGAAACAUUCCGUCGUGACGUUGGCGAGACUCUUGUUCAGUCUCUUGUUUCUUUGCAAAUGGAGAACUUCCAGACAGCCGGCAAAAAGAUCGCUGCAUAUGCUCAUGUUCUUGCAUUGACUCUUCAAGAUCGUGAAAUGUACGACGCAACUCUCGAAGAACUCAAGGAUUGUUUCUCUACUUUCCUCGGGUUCAUCAAGUUGCCCCCGCCCGAAAAGCCAGACCAAGAGAGCUUCCCUUGGGUUGGACAUGUUCUACUCAUUCUUGAAAAGCUGUUGUCUGAUGAUUGCCAACCACCAAAAAUUGAGUGGACCGCCCCAAGCCUUGACGGGCCUACUCCCAGCGCCGACGAGCCGGCUCGCCUCGAAGAUCCUCUUGUCUCACUCGAUGAGAAAACCCAACUUUUCGAAGCUUUGGUUGAAAUUCUCCCAAGAGUAGGCAAGGAUGACACAUUGGCACUCUCCGUAUGUCGUGUUCUUGUCGUCCUCACCCGUCAGCGUAGCAUAGCUGCUCGCUUCGGCGAAAAGCGCAAUCUUCAACGUCUAUUCGUGAUGGUGAAGCAACUCUCCAGUGCCGCCAAUGACAAAUUGCGGAGUGCUUUCAUGCUGAUUCUUCGACACAUCGUCGAGGAUGAAGCCACUAUUCGACAGAUCAUGAGGAGCGAGAUCGUUGCCAGCUUCGAGUCCAAGACAUCUCGCCAGAUUGAUACCAAUGGUUAUGUUCGCCAGAUGUAUCACCUCGUGCUCCGAGCCCCCGACAUCUUUGUUGAAGUGACGAAUGAGAAAUUGCGCUUGCUCCGAUACGAUACCCACCAACGCCCUCAAGUUCUUGGACUGAAGGCUGACAAGGACCGCCAGGCUCGGCGCACAGCCAAGCCCGAAGCCAUUGCAGACGGCAAGAAGCCAGAGUCAAGUGCCACGACUGACGCGCCCGCUCCUGAUGAAAAGGAAACGGGCAGCGAUGACAAGGUCAAGGCUCAACCCAAGGCCACUGAAAUGAAAGCUCCCAUUGUUGAGAACCCCGACGGUGUCAUCCAUUAUCUACUUUCAGAACUUCUAUCUUACAAGGAAGUUGAUGACAAAGAACCGGGCCCUGACUUUGAGAAGGCGACAGAUCAGUCUGGUGCUCAGUCGGAUGUUGAAAUGACAGUGGACGAGCCUACUCCCUCGGUAUCAAGUGCUGCCGAUGGACAGGCGGCGCAAGGUCCCAAGAAGGCCGAGAAGCCUCAAUUCAAGGCAGAUGAUCACCCCAUCUACAUCUACCGCUGCUUGCUUCUCCAGUGCCUGACUGAGCUUCUUUCCUCGUACAAUCGUACCAAGGUCGAGUUCAUUAACUUCUCCCGCAAGGCUGAUCCGCUUGCCACCACCCCCUCCAAGCCCCGCUCUGGUGUCCUCAACUAUCUGUUGAACGUUCUCGUUCCCCUUGGAACUAUGGAGCAUGACGAGUCUUUGACAUUCAAAAAGCGUAGCAUUACCUCAACAUGGACUAUGCAAGUGCUUGUCGCUCUUUGCACCAAGACUGGCGAGUUUGGUGGUGUUGGUAGGCGCCGCACUGAACCAAAGCACGAGGAGGAUGAGCCCGAACUUGCAUUCGUUCGCCGAUUUGUUCUGGAGCAUGCUCUCCGGUCCUACAAGGAUGCCAUGGCUUCGACCGAACCUCUGGAUGCCAAGUACUCCAAACUCAUGUCACUUGCUGAUCUGUUUGAUAAGAUGCUCAGUGGAUACUCCUUUUCCAACGAUGCAGGGUUCCCAAGCUCAACUCGACAGCUUGCGAAGACCAUGUUCGAGAAGCAUUUCAUUCCUACCCUCACAGCCUCAGUUGCGGACGUGGACUUGAACUUCCCAUCUUCAAAGCGCGUUAUCAAGUACAUCCUUCGUCCUCUGAACAAGCUUACCCAAACUGCCGUUCUGCUCAGUGAAAAUUCUGAAAUCACCUCUUCUGGUGACAACGAGCAUGAUGAGAUCUCCUCGGCGUCCUCUGUCUCCGACAUUGAAGAUGAGCGUGAAGAGACCCCUGAUCUCUUCCGUCAUUCCACUCUCGGUAUGCUGGAGCCUCGCCACGACGAAGAAGAGAGUAGCACCGAGGAGUCAGAAGGGGAGGAUGACGAAAUGUACGACGACGAAUAUGACGAGGAAAUGUACGAUGAUGAGGACGUUCCCGAAGACGAUGGCGAGGUCGUCAGUGACGAUGACGAAGACGGCAUGGGUCCCAUCGAAGGCCUCUCUGGCGACGCAGUCGAAGUCAUUCUGGAUGAAGACGAAGAAGAAGAUGACGACGACGACGAACAUGAUCAUCUAGACAUGGACGAUGACAUGUACUCUGGAGAAAUCGGUGGCGAUCGUGACAACGAAAGCCUUGAAGACGGCGAUGAAGACGAAUGGGAGAGCGAAGAAAUGACCGAAGACGAGGAGGAAGUUGAGAUGAUGAACCAAUUCGAAGACGAGAUGGCCGACAUCAGACAAACUGGUCGCCAUCACGGUGGAGACCAGCACAUUGGAGACCUCUUCCGUGCCCUUGGUGAAAGUGGCGCAGGAGGUGUCGACCUUCAUGGUGAUGGUCUUGGUGGUGAUAUCCAUGAAGAAAUCCUCGAGGAUCUCGAUGAAGACGUGGAUGACGAGGACGAAAUGGAUGAACUCGAGGAAGAUAUGGACGACUUUGACGAAGGAGAAGGGUCGUUUGGGGAUAUGGAAGACGAUGAUAUCCUUGAGCCAUGGGGAUGGGAAGGCGAGGAGCCCGCUAUGCCCCGAGGCCAUCACCACUCCCGCUUCCGAGGCGCUGCCCCCGCUUGGGCUGCUGUUACUGAAAUCAUGCCUGGUCGCCCGGCUGGCCUUGUCCCCAUUCAACCUUAUCACCGCGUUCACCGUACGCAGCUUCCAUCGCGCGGCGGAAACGAUGAUGGCACCAACCCACUGCUGGUUCGUUCUGAUCGUCCAGACGCCAAUGCUCCACCAGGCGGAGCCGCCAUUGACCCCAUCGCCGGGUGGCCCCAAGCCAUGGACCUUUCCAACGGUAACAGAGUUGUGGCCAUGGAUAGCCCUAUUAGCUUCAUGAAUGCCAUUAUGCAGGCUAUUGGCGGACAAGCUUCGCCUGGAUUCGGCGUUGUUACUCGUCCCGACGGUAUCCACGUCCAUGUUGACCGACGCACAGUCUUGCCCGGUCGCAUUCAAGAUAUGCUUGGAAUUCCCCGAGGAUCAGGCCCUCCAGCUCGUACCCGAGGAGACGACCCACACACCGCCGUGAAGUUCGGCCUUUCGACUACCAGGACCCGCUGGCAAGAGGAAGCCCGCAUUCUUUACAGCAACCAAUACGUUGAGCGUGCUCAGCGUGUGCUUAACUCUUUGCUGAAGGUUCUAGCCCCUCCUGCCAUUGAGGAGGAGAAGAAGCGCUUGAAAGAACUUGCCGAGGAACGUGUACGCCAGAAUGCUGAACGUGCCGAGAAGGAACGUCAGGACCGUAUUGCCGCCGAGGAGAAGGAGAAGGAGCGCAAGCGCCAAGAAGAAGAAGAAAAGGCUAGACUCGAGGCAGAAAAGGAACAGCAGGAAGCUGAACGCCUGGCUUCCGGGGCCGAUGAACCCAUGGGAGAUGUCCCAGAAGAAGACACUACAUCCGAGGCCGGUGGUUCAUCAGCCCAGCCCCAGGCUGAACCCGCGGAACCAACUCCUCGCAUCACGGAUAUCAGAGGCCGACAGGUCGAUAUCACUUCACUGGACAUUGACCCAGAAUAUCUGGCUGCCCUUCCAGAGGACCUUCGAGAAGAGGUCAUCUUGACCCAAGUUGCUGAGCAGCGCGAUCGAGCCACUGCCGCGGGCGAGGAGCCUACUGAAAUCAACCAAGAAUUCCUCGAGGCCUUGCCCACUGAAAUUCGGGAAGAACUCCUCCAGCAGGAAGCGGCCGAUAGACGUCGACGUGAACGUGAAAUCGCUCGACGACAGGCAGCUCCCGCCGGCGGGUCUAGCGGAGGUCCUCCUGCCCAUGCAGAAGAGAUGGAUGCGGCCAGCUUCCUGGCUACCCUUGACCCAAGCUUACGCCAGGCUGUCCUAGCCGAUCAACCAGAGGAUGUCCUCGCAACCCUGGGCCCCGAGUACUUGAAUGAAGCUCGUGCUGUGGGUGGAAGCGGUCGCCGGAUGGCUCAAUUUGGUGAUAUGAGUGCUGUUGAUUCCAGACGGACCGAGCCCGCUGGAGGCCAAGAGUCAAAGAAGGAACGACGCCAAAUUGUUCAAAUGCUUGACAAGGCUGGCAUCGCAACCCUUCUUCGCCUGAUGUUCAUGCCUCUUCAUGGCAAUGCUCGCCACCAGCUAAACGACAUCCUUCAUAAUGUCUGUGAAAACCGCCAAAACCGAAGCGAAGUUAUCAGCCUUCUGCUCUCAGUCUUGCAGGAUGGUAGUGUUGAUUCCACUGCAAUUGAGCGCAGCUUCUCCCAUCUUUCUUUGCGUGCGAAGUCCUCUGGGGCUCAGAAAACGCCGCUCAACAAUAAGCGAAACCUAGCCCUUCAAACUGCUUCUAGCGUCAGCAGCGAAAUUACUCCAAUCAUGGUUAUCCAGCAAUGUCUCAGCACGUUGUCUUUCCUGUCGCAGUUCAACCCUCACGUUGCCUGGUUCUUCCUAACGGAGCAUGAUUCCACCUCGGCUGGCAAGCUCAAGUCAGGCCGCAAGGGCAAGGGCAAGGACAACCGUGCAAACAAGUACGCUUUGAAUGCACUGCUCUCUCUUCUAGAUCGCAAGUUGAUCAUGGAGAGUCCGAACUGCAUGGAACAACUUUCUAGCCUUCUUAGCAGCAUCACUCAGCCAUUGACCGUGCUCCUUCGCCGUGAAAAGGAGCGCCAAGAUGAAGCAGAAAAGGCUAAAGAGCCCGAAGUUGCCGAAGUCGAAGACAAUACUGAUCAGCCUGCCGAGGCCGCCGAGACGGGCAUGGACACAUCCAUGACCGAUGCCCCGUUGCCUACCGUUGAGACAACUGAAGUCACAGGCCAGGAGACCACUGAGGGAGAAGGCGCGUCUACUGAAGACAAGAAGCCCGCUGAUGCACAGGAGGCUGCGGAGGAAGGGAAGCGCAAAAAGCGUGCCAUCGAACCUCCCGUCGUUCCGGAUCAUAACUUCCGCCUCGUUGUUCACAUUCUUGCGGCUCGUGAAUGCAAUGGCAAGACUUUCCGCGAUACCCUUUCUACUAUCAACAACCUUUCCGCUGUUCCUGGUGCUCGGGAUGUCAUCGGUAACGAACUCGUUGCACAGGCUCAGGCUCUCAGUGAUACCAUUUUGCAGGAUCUUGAGGAUCUUCUCCCCCAUAUUCAUCAGGCCAAGACCGGUACCGAUAUGCAAGGUCUUGCUUUGGCCAAAUUCUCCCCUGCCAGCUCAGACCAGGCGAAGCUUUUGCGUGUUCUUACGGCACUCGAUUAUCUCUUUGAUCCAACCCGCGUGGACAAGACCAAGGGAACCGAGCCCGAGUCCGCACCCAAGGAGGAUGUGCUCAAGAGACUCUAUGAGAGUGCCACAUUCGGCCCUCUAUGGACCAAGCUGAGCGACUGUCUUACCGUCAUCCGCCAAAAGGAGAACAUGCUGAACGUGGCCACUAUUCUCCUUCCUCUGACUGAGGCAUUGAUGGUUGUCUGCAAGAACACUACCCUGAAGGACCAGCCCUUGCCUCGUGGCAGCCGUGAGUUAUCCGUGACCAGCGCCCCGGCUGAAACUGGCAUUAGCAUGGAGAACCUUUUCUUCAAGUUCACCGAGGAACAUCGCAAGAUCCUCAAUGAGCUUGUCCGCCAAAAUCCUCGCCUGAUGAGCGGCACUUUCUCCUUGUUGGUGAAGAACCCUAAGGUCUUGGAGUUCGAUAACAAGCGCAACUACUUCACUCGUCGCGUUCACUCGCGCGGUGCUGAGCCUCGUCACCCUCACCCUCCCCUUCAGCUCUCCGUUCGCAGAGCUGAGGUCUUCCUUGACUCCUUCAAGUCUCUCUACUUCAAGAGUGCCGAGGAAUUGAAAUAUGGCAAGCUGAAUGUUCGAUUCCAUGGCGAAGAGGGUGUUGAUGCUGGCGGUGUGACUCGAGAAUGGUUCCAAGUCCUUGCCAGAGGCAUGUUCAACCCUAACUACGCGUUGUUCAUUCCCGUUGCUGCCGACCGCACUACCUUCCACCCUAACCGUCUCAGUGGUGUCAACUCGGAGCAUCACAUGUUCUUCAAGUUCAUCGGUCGCAUCAUUGGUAAGGCUUUUCUACAAGAACAUCCUUGGACGCUCUGUCUCGAUCAAGGAUAUGGAGACUCUCGAUUUGGACUACUAUAA